UAAGAGUACGAUAAAGAGUAGAAAGGGAGGGAGGGAAGAAUAGGUUUGAGAGAGAAAAGGCUAAUUGGAUUGCAUUUCUCUCUCUUUUUGGUAGACCAAGAGGGAAAUAGGAGAUCUGAUUUCUUUCUCCCUUUGCAUAAUUUUGCGAUCAGAAUUGUCUUCAAGAAAAACCAAUGGGAUUGUGGGAAGCUUUUCUCAAUUGGCUUCGCAGCCUAUUCUUCAAGCAGGAGAUGGAGUUAUCUCUGAUUGGACUUCAGAAUGCUGGAAAGACUUCCCUUGUAAAUGUAGUCGCUACUGGUGGCUAUAGUGAAGACAUGAUUCCUACUGUGGGAUUCAAUAUGAGGAAAGUGACAAAAGGGAAUGUUACAAUAAAGUUAUGGGAUCUUGGUGGGCAGCCAAGGUUCCGCAGCAUGUGGGAACGUUACUGUCGUGCGGUUUCUGCUAUUGUUUAUGUUGUUGAUGCUGCCGAUGCAGAUAAUCUUAGCAUAUCAAGAAGUGAGCUUCAUGAUUUGCUGAGCAAACCAUCAUUGAGUGGCAUUCCUUUGUUGGUAUUGGGGAACAAGAUUGACAAACCAGGCGCUCUGUCUAAGCAAGCAUUGACUGACCAAAUGGAAUUGAAGUCAAUCAUUGACAGGGAAGUUUGCUGCUUCAUGAUCUCGUGCAAAAACUCGACGAACAUUGACUCUGUUAUAGACUGGCUUGUAAAGCAUUCCAAAUCGAAGAGCUGAACUGCUUCUUUCUAUUUUGAACUCUAGUGUAAUUUAUGGUUGAUACAUUUAUGGAUUUACUAGAGGCGUUUGCAUGUCUAACUCAGUUGCUGAUUGGUUUAUUUUCCUUUUGUCAGAUGCUUUGUAAUAUAAUAUCAUUCUUGUCCGGUAGGUAAGUAAUCAAACGGGAUGACAUACAUGGGAAAGGUUACAUUAUGAGUAAAUCAGUGUGUCAUAGGCUUAGCCACAUCAUUAAAAUUCAUUGAACUGCAUUUGCGAUGAAUAUAUGUUCUUUUAUCUUUCUAA